AUGCCCUCCAUGAUGCUCAAUCGCCUCUCAGACGGCCCGGCAUCGGUCCUCCCUCCCCAAGAACACGCCUUUGCUCAGUUCCCGUCGCAAUCCUCUUUCCUCAACUCAGGAAGCUUGAACGGCUAUCCCGCCAACGCUGGCCCAAUAUUCUCCAACGGUUCCACCGCACAGGCUGCUCCCUCCAGCUUCGGCGCUUCCGCUGCUCCCGUGGCCCCGAAGCCCUCCCGGAAGAGAUCGCGUGAUGAAGCCACUUUCGAGGAGGCCACCGCGCCAAGCGCUCCUCCAGCGCCUCAGCCAGCCCCAGAGCCCAAGGUAGAGCCCAUCUACGGAGAAGGAAUGGUGCUUUUGAAUCCUCAGACUGGACUCGCGCUCUCCGCAGAAAGUCAAACAGGCACAUGGUACGAGCAGGAGGCUGAGACAAAACAGGCGGCUGCAGCGCCCAUCUCAUCGCGUUCGAACGCGUUGCAGUCCGAUGCCGCAGACCUCAGCCGCAAGUCUCAGCGUCUAGAUCAAUCUGCUCCAGGCCUGGACGACAUUGCACUGUCGUCCAUCCGUCAACGCCUGAAUGAUCCUAGCACCGAUGAUCAGCACCGCACUCUGAGUGCGACUCCUGCUCCUCCAAACGAGCCUCUAGUCGAUGAUGCCACCCGACUCCUUGGUAUCGGCUGGCAACGCGUCAGCACAGACGAUGACAUGGCCCCCGCCGUCCGCGGCUGGACCAAAUACAUUGACAACCAGUAUUCGUCCCAUCUGCACAGCUCGCAGAUGCUGAUCAAAAGCCGUGCUUUGAACGCCUACCUCGUGGCUGCAACCCCCACCUCCGGAAUCUCUCCUGCCUUCUAUUUAUUUACCGAAGACCUCACCCAAGGCCAGCUGGUCGCCUCUUCCUGGGAAGCCUGCCUCCAAAAUCUGCGCAGCACCCCCAUCAUCUUCGAGGGUGCUGCCCCCCUCGCUGCCAACGACCGACCCGAUGCGCAACCCGCCUCUUUCAACAAAGUGGACACCGGCGUGCCCCUCCUUCAACAAGCCUUGUCCAACCACCAACCGACCCUCGACGGACUGAGCGGAGGCGUGGAAAUGGGAAUGGAGAUCGAUUCUUGA